AUGACAAGUACUACUUUUUUUUUUGUAUUUAUACCUAUAUUAGCAGUUAUAUUAUUAGCUGUUAAUCUUAUAUUUGCUCCACACAAUCCUUACCUAGAAAAGGAUUCAGUUUUUGAGUGUGGAUUUCACUCGUUCUUGGGUCAAAAUCGGACUCAGUUUAGUAUCUCCUUUUUUAUUUUUGCGCUUUUGUUCCUUUUAUUUGACCUAGAGAUAUUGUUAGUCUAUCCCUACGUAGUUAGUGCCUAUACUAAUGGUGUUUAUGGUUUAGUAAUAAUGCUGAUUUUUUUCUUAGCAUUAACUUUAGGUUUUGCCUUUGAACUAGGUAAGAAUGCUCUUAAGAUUGACUCUAGACAAAACUUACAGUUCUUAAACCUUGAAACUGACCGUGUCUAUAGCUAUUGUUACGAAUCUAUAAACCAUUCCAGUUUUGGUUCGACCAACGCGAGGGAAACCACUAAAUAA